AUGCGCGACUUCGAAGGGAGCUACGGGGUCCUGCCCAGAGGCGAGCAACAGCCUUGCCCGUGGAUCUCCUCCUCCUCCGAUGGCACGCAGGCCACCCUGACGGCCCCGAACCCCCCAGACCGCCGCGACGAGCGCUUCCGCGCGCAGUUCGUCAAGUCCCAGCUGUGCAAGUUCUACGAGACCGGCUGCAGCCGGGGGGACGCUUGCGAGUUUGCGCACGGCCUGGAGGAGCUGCAGGCCGCCCCCGACCUGACCAAGACCUCCCUCUGCAGGGCGUGGCAGGCGGGGCGUUGUCGCCGGAGCUCGGAAGAGUGCUCCUUCGCGCACGGUCUCGACGACCUGCGGGUGACCGAUGUCUACCACAAAUCGGCGCCGUGCAAGAUGUUCGCCGUGGGCCGUUGCAAACUUGGGAAGAGAUGCAGGCACGCCCACAGCGUGUCCGAGAUGCGUGCCGCUAUGGGCCGCAGCGCCGCCGGCCACGCCCAGAGGCAGCAGCAGGGAGGCUUGCGGCAGCCCCUCGCGCCGCGGCCGCCGCAGCCCUCGCAGCUGGAGGAGACGUAUGGCACUCCACCGCCGCCACUCGCGGCGGGCCUCGCAGAGACGCUGAGCGCCUUCCCGCUCCCGCAGGAGAGCGACCGCAGCGGAUGCGUGCACCCAGCCCUCGGGAGUCCCGAGCUAGUGCCUCAGCACACCCCGCUGAGGCAGUUGGUCAAGCGGAUGCACCCGUUCGAGCCCGGGCCGAGCGCCUCGGACGUCAACGCUCUUUCGGCCAAUCGUUGGGCGGCGCCGCGUCCGCAGAUUCCCCAGGCCUCGGUGGACUACACAAGCGGAGUCCAGACGUUGAGUUUGUGA